CAGUCCAGCCCCUCUGCUCUACUUGGACCCCUGCUCCCCAUCCCCGCUUCCACUGCUGCGUCAGAGACCACCCCAGACUCAGCGUUCACCCCUCAUUGUGCUUGAUUUGUGCAUGUUGGGGGCACAGGGACAUAGGGCUGGCUUGUCUCUACUCUACCACCUAGGUGACCUGCCUGAGGAUCCAGGAUGAGGGCUUAGGAACAGCUCGUCCCCACCACCUUCAGGGUCACAUGGCACCACUUUCAUACGUGGGACAGGUGGAAGCAGGUGCCAGCCCCCAGCCCCUGGGGGAGGGAAUACAGACCUGCCCUCCACAGGGCUAUCCAAGGGUGGGAGCUGGGUGUAAAACCCCCCAGCUGGUGCACACACACCCCACUGGUAUUUGAGGCCUUGGAGUCCCAACACUCCCAGCUCUGGGCCUCAGCCUUGGGUUGGGUUUCAGGUAAACGGCUUUUACUGCUAGGUUAUCCCAUGAAGUUUUCUGGACAUAACUCUACUGCAAAAUUACUUGUCUGUGUGAAACUCUAAUGUAAGCAGGCACCCUCUAUUAUUGUUUCCUGUGUGAUCACCCCUCCCCCAAUACCAAUGGAGCCUACUUCCUGGGGUCAUGAAUACCUGCACCCUCCCUGCCUAGCCCAGGGCAGACAUCAUCACAGUGCUCCCUGCCUCUGAGCCUGGCUUGGACCCUGGGAUUUGCCAGGUAAUAACACAGGAAAGUUCAUACCACCUUUGUUCAUAAUAGCCAAAGACUAGAAGACCCCAGGUAUCCGUGGACAGAUGAUGGACAAAUUGGUCCAUCCAUACAAAGGAAUAUGAUUCAGCCUUAAAAAGGAAGGACAUCCUGACACCAGCUCCAAUGUGGAUGGACCUGAGGACAUGAUGCUCAAUGAGAGAAGCCAGACAUGGAAAGACAGAAGGACAAAGAGUGAUUCAACUCCCAGGAGAUCCCUGGAGGAGUCAGACCCACAGAGACAGGAAGUAGAUGGUGCAACAGUGGUGAUGGGGUUUUGUCUUUGGAGAGCCCAUGUGUCUCAAAAACACAUUCUGGAUGAAAUGGAACCAGUGAGGGGUGUGAAUGUCACCUCCCCCACAGGAAGGAUGGUUUUGUUCAGCGGGGGCCCAGACAGCACCUCUUCAGACUCCCCUGCACCAUGGAGGCUGCCAGCUCCUCACUGCAGCCACCACCGCUGCUGCUGCUGCUGCUGCUGGUCCUGCAGGCAGGAGGCAACACAUUUGAGACCCACAUAAUUGGGGGCCGAGAGGCUAACCGCAACUCCCAUCCAUACAUGGUCUCGCUGCAAAAAGCCGGCACCCAUCUGUGUGGGGGUGUCCUCGUGCACCAGCAAUGGGUGUUGACAGCUGCCCACUGCCUGGUCCAGCCGAAGGAACUGCUGAGGCUGGUGCUGGGGAUCCAUGUGCUGGGAGACCCCAGCCUUACCUGCCACAUCAGGGAGGUGGUCCUGCACCCCGACUACAAGCCACCACCCCAUCUGGAGAAUGACCUGGCACUGCUGAAGCUGGACGGGAAGGUGAAGCCCAGCAGGACCAUCCGGCCCCUGGACUUGCCCCGAGGGCACCGGGCGGUGGCAGCAGGAGCUCGGUGCAGUGUGGCCGGCUGGGGCCUGACCCACCAGGGUGGGAAGCUGGCUAAGGCGCUGCGGGAGCUGGAUGUGCGUGUGAUGGAUGCUAGGAUGUGCAACAACAGUCGUUACUGGCAUGGUGACAUCACCCCCCGCAUGAUGUGCCUGGAGGCCAACUCCUCGAACCAGGGCCCCUGCAAGGGGGACUCAGGUGGGCCUGUGGUGUGCAGCAGAGGUCAUGUGGCUGGGAUCCUGUCCUUCAGCUCCAAGGCCUGCACGGACAUCUUCAAGCCCCCCGUGGCCACAGCCGUGGCCCCCUAUAAGUCCUGGAUCAAGAAGGUCAUCCACGGAUAAGGGUCCCACCUCCUGCCUGAGGCUCCAAAGGGUGGCCCCAUAGGGAGGGGCAGUCGGGGGCCUGGCCAUGUCUCAGGACCAAUAAAUGGUAACGAGGAAA